AUGACUGGUUGGAAUGAGGCUAAGGACCCCGAAGGGCGAACCUAUUACUAUAAUGCGAAGGGUGAGACGACAUGGGAGAGGCCUAAAGAGCUGGAAGUUAUUUUAGACCCGAAACUGGAGGAAAUUGGCUGGAAGGCGGCUUCUACCGAGGAUGGGAAGGUUUAUUAUUACAAUACGAGCACCAAUGAGAGUACUUGGGAGUUACCAAGUCUUCCUGAAGUGAGUAAGAAGUCUUUGGAAACGAAUAAAGAGGACGUUGGAUCUGCUAGGAUAGAUGCAUUGAUGAAUCCUGACGAGAAAUACAACAAUAAAUCGAAGGUUUUGAACGUCAUUCCAGAUUCUAACACUCAGCACGCGGAAAAGUUAUUCCUCCAGAUGCUGAAAGAUCACCAGGUGGACUCCACAUGGUCUUUUGACAGAAUUAUAUCUGAAUUAAGCUGUAAGGACCCCCGUUACUGGUGUGUGGACGACGAUCCCGUGUGGAAGCAGACUAUGUUCGAAAAGUACCUAACGACCAGAACGGAGGAUCAACUGUUGAAGGAGCAUGCUGCUGUGAAUAAGUUUAAGGAUGCGUUCGUGGCAAUGCUAAAAAGUAGGACAGAUAUUUAUUACUACACGAGGUGGCAAACAGCGCGGCGUCUAAUAGCGAACGAGCCCAUCUACAAGCAUUCGGUUGUGGGCGAGAAGAUGAAGAAACAGACGUUUCUCGAGUAUGUGGAACAGCUAGAGCAGGAGCACAAAAAGCAGUUUGAGAAGACGCGGGGACAGGCGCUGCAAGAACUAAGACAGUAUCUACAGAGCAUCUUAACGGACAGAAAGUCUCUGAUAAACUGGGCAGACCUUGAAAAGCAGUAUUUGUUCACUAACACAAGAUACCAGGCAAACAAGCACUUUGAGACAUUGGAAAAGGUGGACAUCAUCAAGGUCUACGUCGACAUAGUGCAGAAAAUGAUCGCAAAGUGUUAUGAAGAAGUAGAAGAGCUGUCGCGCAUACGCUACACCAGUGAUCGCAUUGCUCGAGAUGGAAUGAGGGAGCUCCUGCAAGAACACAGGGAUAGUAUUCGCAGCAAUUCUAAGUGGAGCAGCGUUUACCACUUAUUUAAGACAGACCCCCGGUUCCUGAAGACACUUGGCCGCAAGGGCUCUACUGCGCUAGAUCUCUUCAUGGACGUAGUACAUGAGAAAAAACUGGUCAUCAGUGCACAUUGCUCCGUUGUGCAACAGCUGCUGAUUGAAAUGGAGUUUCAGUGGAAUGACGAAGACCCGGCUUCCAAUAAGCCAUCGCUGAUAGACAUCAUCCGGUCAAAAGACCAAUUCAAAAAUGUAGAUGACAUAGAUAAAGACCUAAUCGCAGAUGAGCUGGUUGCAUCCAGGAUACAGAAACUGCAAAACGAAGCCGAGCGACUGGAACGCCUGAAGGAACAGCGGAAGCAGUAUUUCUCUUUAAUGCUACAGAGGACAUUUCACCAGCAACUUCCACCAACCUGGGAGGAAGCUAAAGAGCAGAUAAAAAAGCAACCAGAGUACCAUGCCCUGGCGGAUGAUGAAGCUCUUAUGAAAGAAGUUUUCCAAGCCCUCAGCUCUGACAGCACUGCACCCGCGGCUGCCUCUCGUUCACAACUACCUACAAGGAAAAGACCCCUAGCAUCUACAAUGGAAUUGGACUAUUAA